AUGAUAUUGCGGUCGGUGAAACAUGGCAAUUUAAUUGAAGGUUAUACAUUAUUUUAUUUGAAUGAUAGACAUAAAAAGAUACCACUGAAAAUAACAAAGAUAAUUUACGAAAAUGCGAAACCGGAUGAGUUAAAUAAUACUCAAAUUAUAUUCAAUGAAAAUAAACAAAAAAUGACCCCAGUUAACAGUAACGCAAUGUUAGAAAAACAAUCACUACCAUUCGUUACUUCAAAAUCAGAUUUUAUUGUAGAAGAACAUGAGAAGCAUUUAGUUGAGGAAUUGAAAAAGGAAAUGCUGCACCGCAAUCAAAAGUCUCAUAUUGGUUGUGAAUUAGCUAAAAAAGUGAUUAGAGAAGUACUCGUGUUGCCAGCGAUUUUUCCCAAUUUUUUCAAAGGAAUACGACGCCCUUGGAAGAGUAUUUUAGUGUAUGGACCUCCGAGCACAGGAAAAACAAUGUUGGCAAAAGCUGUGCCACUAGAAAAACACUUUUUAAUGUAA